AUGCGGAAAUUUGUGGUUCCAUUACUUUGUCAACUCUUCGUGCUUCUCGCUCAGGGACAGAAGCACCCGCAGCCGGCUGGCAACUGGACCCUUUCCAACGCCUCCCGAAUUCGUUCUGCUGGUAACGAAACUUGCGACUGGAAGUUCCGGUUUUCCCAGUCCGAAGCACCUAACAGCAGCCCUACAGUCUGUCGGUUCACAGUAAAUGCGGAUAAUGAACAUGAUUGCGGCGUGGCUACUUUCUCCGGUCUAGCCUGUAACGGAACUGAAAGGUAUAGCGUUAACGGCGGACAUGCCCCAGAGGGAUUCGUAGUCAUGGUUCUACUUGAUUUGGAGGAGAAUGUCGAGGCGUACUUCGGGUUCGACGACAAGGCGUUGAACAAUGGCGCGCAUAUUCCCGAGCAAAUCAUUGCUGCCUACCCACCGAAGACCCCUGGAUCAUCUCGUGCCCGAAGCCUUCUCGAGAGAACCCUAUUAGCACGAGAUAACGUUACCACGUGGACUGUUAAGAAUAUGUAUCGAGCCGUAAUACCAUCAGAACAUCGUAUUCUCAUAGACAUGCUCAUCCUAGAUGGUUCCCCUGACGGAGUGGUUUGCCAGCUUAGGCUACAAGCCCCUGAAGAUGUAGAUCCUAAGACGUGGGGAUUUUCAAACGCCAAAUGCAUUGAUAACGACUGGACAGUCCACUGGGGAUACCUGCCUGCUCAGGAUGCAGGUGUAAUGACACUCGUCCCCCCGAGUAGGGAUAGCAAUGCGUUCUUUGGAUAUAACGACAUUAACUCGCAUGAGGCAUUAGGUACAGCCGGGCCAAGCCAGGUGCUGCCCUGCAACUGUGGUUGA